AUGAUGAUGAAUGGGUUGUUGGAAGAGAUUGGAAGAAGGGGGAUAUCGUGUGUGGCGUAUACGGAUGAUCUGUUGUGUAUAAUUGAGGCGGAUAAUAGAAAGGAGAUUGAGGAUGUGGGAACGCAAGUGAUGGAAAUGGUGGUUGCUUGGGGGAAGAGGCCACAAGUCGAAAGUCUGGCAGGUAGGGUGAUUGGAGUGAUGGGAAUAUGGUGUAUAUUGAGGAAAGAAUGGGGUCUGGAUAAACGAACGGUUUGGAUAUGCGUGUUGUAUGGGUGCAUGGUGUUUUAUAGGACAGUGAAUACGGAUGCGAUGCAACUGCUGACGGGAGAGUUACCGUGGGAUUUGGAAUUUUUGAGGAGAAGAGUGAUGUUUAGGGCGAAAAGGGGAGUGAGUCUGGGAGAAUUGGGAUGGCUGCAGAUUAGGUUAGAAGAGGGAGAGAAUUUGGAGAAAAAGGCUGUGUUGGAUGCAAAACUUGUGAGGUUUGCGAGUGAGAAUGUUUGGUUUGAGCCAGGAAUGUUUGGAAUGUUUUUGUUGACGGGGCAUGGGGGUCUGAAUGAAUUUUUGAAUAAAAGAGGACUGAAUGAUACGGAUCUGUGUGGUUGCGGUAGGGAAGAGAAUGUUUCGCAUAUUGUUUUCGAGUCUGGAUUGUAUAAUGAGGAAAGAAGGAGUUGUGAACGGUCAGGAUGGAUGGAGGAAGAGGAAAGACGAUUUGAGAGGUUGUUGGAAUCAAAGGAUAGGGGGCGGCUAGCUAGAGGCGGCAAGAUUUCCGAGUGCGGCAAGUACUGCGGCCCCACCGCAAACGGCCCCACCAUUUCGUUCAGCAGCUUUAGGCAGUCCUUCACUUCAAAUGUCAAUUACCUGAAACGACGCUUCAGCUCCGGGGACCUAUCCUCGGAGUGCGAAGAUGGCGAAGCUCCGGUUGACCCCUACACGAAGUCGCCCCCCGUCACCUCGCAACCGCAGGCCCCACCGCCACCGCCCCCGUCUCAGACAUCGACCGUCACCGACCUCUCUCUCAACUUACGACCAGGCUCAAAGACCACGAGCGCCCCCAGCAGCCCCGCCAAGUCGCGGGAGUCGCUCCUGCAGCGGGUGCAGUCGUUGACGGGCCAAGCCAGGGACCAGGGGGCGUCGAUCUUGGGGGCGGCGGUCUCGAGCGCGACUCGAGUCACCUCCUCGGUAUCCGGAAGACACCUAACUUUGCUCGUCAUCGACGACCAGAACACGGACUGGUCGAAGUACUUCCGGGGAAAGAGGAUCGGCGAUUACGAUAUCAGGGUUGAACAGGCUGAAUUUAAGGAGAUCACGGUCACGGCUAACUCGGACGGAGCGAACGUCUCGAUGGCCGUGUUCAGAGGCGGGACGAGGGUCGGGAGGUCUUUUAGGCCGGAUUUCUUGCUAGUUAGACAGAAUCUGAAGGACGCGGGCGAGAACUACAAGAAACUGCUUCUGGCACUAAAAUUUGGUGGCGUUCCAAGUAUCAAUAACUUAAACUCAAUUUACAACUUCCAGGACAAGCCGUGGGUUUUUGGCCAUUUGGUCCAGCUCCAGAGAAGGCUCGGAAAGGACAGCUUCCCUCUGAUCGAGCAGACUUUCUAUCCGGACCAUCGGGAAAUGAUAACCGCUCCACGCUUUCCAGUAGUGCUAAAAAUCGGCCACGCCCACGGAGGUCUGGGUAAGGUGAAAGUGGACAACAUCAACGAUUUCCAAGACAUGGCAAGCGUGGUGGCCGUCGCCGACACUUACUGCACCGUCGAACCUUACAUAGACUCCAAAUACGACAUCCACGUUCAGAAGGUCGGCACCAACUACAAAGCCUUCAUGCGCAAGUCCAUCUCUGGAUGCUGGAAGACCAACACCGGGUCGGCCAUGCUGGAGCAGAUUUCCAUGCCGGAAAGGUACCGCACUUGGAUCGACGAGGUCUCUGAUCUCUUCGGAGGUCUAGACAUCUGCGCCUUGGAGGUGGUGGUCGGGAAAGACGGGAGAGAGUUCAUUAUUGAAGUUAACGAUAGCGCGUUGACUCUGCUCGGGGAUUCCCAGGAGGAAGAUAGAAGACAUAUUGCCGAUUUGGUGGUGGCGAGAAUGCAAGCGAUUUGUAGACCGAGAACUCCCCCGAGCGAAGAGCCGGUGCCGCCACCGGUUGGACCGAGGGGGAUUUUAGGGAGCUUGACGAGUCUGACGCACUCGGAGACGCCGCCUCCGAGUGCUUCGGAACAUCCGCCGUUGGGGAGUGUAGGAAGGAGGGACAGUCAAGCGUCCCAGACCAGCACGGUUAGUAGCAGCGGACCCAGCACUGGCCGUCUUCCAGAUCCUCCACCUCGACCGUUCCAGCGCCAAGGCAGUCAACAACAAGCAUCGACCGAAGACACCGAAGACACAAUGAAGAACUUAAGAAAGACAUUCGCCGGCAUCUUCGGCGACAUGUAACCUCGUUAAUUAAAAAAGAACGACUGUUUGCUUUUGAAUCACAAAACCAGACAGGCCAAAGCAAUAUACCUGCAUAAAAGGUGUGUUACUCCACUGCCUAGGGCCAGGUACUCGUGGGAAGUACCUUUUGUUAUGUUUAGCCUAGUUGUUAAAUUGGAUGUAUAAGUUACUCAGUGUAAUCGUUACUAGACGUUUUGUUAUGGGAUAGAGUGAGAUACUUAAGGGGCUAAUUGAACACAUCCUCUUUCCCUUCUCUGUAGUACUUUUACCAAAUGUAAAAUGACAAUAUUAUUGUAAUCCCGCUCCAGCACUCCUCUCUGUAACCGUUUCGUCAACUUAUUGUUAGAAUGUGGGUUGUUCAUCGAUUGUUAGAGCAACGAAUGUUUAUAAUAACGUUUCGGAGGAUUGUUGCACUCGCCAUAGCCCGAAAAUUCUACAAACGCACAGAAACCGAAACCCCAAGUGCGCAGCGUCCCAGCUUCUUCGAGAAAACCCGUCGUGCCUUUGUAGAAUUUUUAGCUUAUAGCAGACGAUUCUCGGGUUUAUCUUUUGCGAUCGGGAACGGUGAGGUUGCGCACACUGGACCGAUCCACCAGAUAAGCCUCAAGAGUAUGACUUACAUUGUAAUAAUUAGAUUUUACAUGAUCUGUAGUCUAGAUUAAGUAGUACGUUGUCUCCUGUACCACGUUUGUUAAUAAGCCUUCAAAUUUUUUGAUAAUAUCAGUAGCUGGCUACGAUGUUUUCAAACCAUUAUCGUUACAUUAUCGUGAGUUGAAGCAUUAAUAAGAGUCUGUUCGCGUUCAUAUAUCAUAUCAGACUUAUUUGUAAGGUUCGCUCAGUGUUGACUUGCAUAUCCACUAUGUGUGUUUUUUUGGAGACAACAACUCGAGGUUGUGUAGUAGCUCAGCUUAAUAAUACGUUCGGGCAUAUUGUAUAGUGUUAUAUCGAUGGAAAUACAAUAAACAACUCAACAAUU